AUGGCACCUCGUAGCAUGCAGUAUUCUGGGAGCUGGGGCUUCAGAGGAGAACCAGAGAGACAAGCUCAUGCCCUGGUGAAGCUGACAUUCAAGGUCAGAUCUCCGGUAUCAUUACCCUCAAAAUGGUAGACAACACCUUCUGAGCUUCCUUGUGUGAAUAAGUUAUCUGACUUGAAACUGAGGAUACUUCAUAAUGGCUUGUAUUUAUUUUACUGCCAAGUGGCUCCCAAUGCAGCCUACAAAGAACCAGCUCCUUUUGAGGUGUGGCCAUAGAAAAACAAAGACAUCACACAAACUUUCACAGACAACUCGAAAACCCUAUGUGGGGGGACAUAUGAAUUGCAUGCAGGAGAUAUUAUAGACUUGGAAUUCAACUUUGAAUAUCAUGUUUUAAAAAAUGAUACAUGCUGAGAGAUCUUAUUGCUAGACAAUCCCCAAAUCAUAUCCCAGAAACUUGAUUUGGCCUCUUCAUUUCCCUCAGCAUAUUUGGAGAUGCAAGGGCCUGGGGUGGAGGGAUGA